GUUUUGUCAAUUGUGCUUCACAUUGAUUGACUAUGAUUGGCGUAAGCAAUAUUACUAAUAGGACGGACCCAAACAGUCUCAAGUCGCGUGUUUUCGUUGGAAAUCUUAAUACAGUGCACAUGACAAAAACAGAACUUGAAUCUAUUUUCUCGAAAUAUGGAGCAGUCGUGGGAAUAUCAGUACACAAAGGAUAUGCGUUCAUUCAAUACGCAAAUGAGACUAAUGCACGAGCCGCAGUUAUUGGUGAAGAUUCAAAAACUUAUUACAAUAUGGUUUUAGAUGUAACCAUAGCAUCCGAACCGAAAAACCGCAAGCGAGGGAGAUCGAAUAUUGGUUCGUCGCUUCCAUCCUGGAACCCCUUGACAAGGUAUGACUCAUUUUUGCUGUUUCGUGAGUCUCUAGUUGCCUUCGAAACUUUAUUUUCAGUUUUGCUUUGGAUACACUGUUAUAGUUAUUUAUAAUCAAACCUAGUAGGGUAUUUCUAUUGGCUUCAGAUUAUCGAGUAUAUUUAAAUAUAAUAUCACUAAAUAAUCGUCUAUGCAACUCGUCGUCGACACAUGGCUUUAGAUAUUGUGGUACCCACUUGUCGGCUUGUUAAUUAUGAUCGUUUGUUGACAAAGUUAGAAGCAAUAUCGGACGCUGCUACUGAUGUAGAGUAAUAAAUACGAAGUUUCAUUCAGAACCACACCCAGAACUUUACACAACUCGACAAGUUUCGAAAAUCAACCACCAGGAAAUAUUUGUUUGUACUAAACCAUCACCCCCUUGACAUGGAGGCAGGCUGUAUAAAAUAGGAUGUAAACAGAUGUAUAAAUUGAGUCCUCUACGUCAUCAGCUCUUGAUAAUUCCUAAGUCGGAGUGCAAGGACUUUUUGAGUGAGUUCUGCAAGAUACUGUUUCGCACUUCAAGUAGUAUCGAUCUCAGUCUUUUACUGACUAUUUACCAAUAAAAGCGAGCUCGGGGGAUCUUGUAAGUCUGUUUCUAAACAUUACCGUACUUUUAAUCGACUUCAGUUGUUCAUAUGAUGAGUUGGAGGGCAAACUGUUAGUCUAUUUUGUGAUUAUUUUCAGGGUAUGUCCAUAUUACCCUUCUAGGAAUAAUAGUAAUAAAGACUUGGUUGCAUGAAUGAACACUUUUCUACGCUUCACUGAGGUGGCCAUUUAUUAACUAUUGUUCAUUAAAAACAUUUAUGCCAUAGAAAAGGUGUUGAAACUUUCCAAGAUUAUUCCUAGAGUUUCCCACAAUAUAUUCAAACUUCGUUUCGAUUACAUUUUCAGCACUAACCUUUCAGAACUUGCCUUACAAGCUCAAGCCCUUAGCAGUAUAACUGGAAAUUCUGUUCUAUCACUACAGCAGUUUGGUUUAGAAGGUAUUAUGGGUCAGCCUAACCUCGUUAAUUUUGCUGCUGCGGCAAAUUCAGUGUUCCAUACCCCUUCAUUGUCUGCUUUAAACGUUUCUAGUGCCCAAACAGCAGUUACAGCGGGUAACAUACGUAAUAAAUAUACCAGAUUAUCGAACACCACAACAACCACGUCUUCAACAAAUCCUAACUCUCUUGCUGCCAAACGUACUCGUUUGGAUGGAAUGUUAGGUAAUACUGGUAAUCAUAAUUUUAACUCGAACUCGUCUUUGCCUGCUGGGGCUAGAGGACAAAAUUUAGUGUCACUUGUUUCUGCAACGGAUAGCCUCAUACCUCCAGCAAAUCGUCGCCAGUCAUCAAACUCUGGUCCUGUUCGUUCUGUGCCCGAUCAAUCAACCAGCAACUCUUUAGUGCGUAAUCGAAUUGUGACGUCUGCUUCCUCUCGCACAACAAACUCAUCCACAACCAGUUCAAAUCAAAAUUCACAACCGGUGGAAAAAAAUUCCGACGUACAUCUAAAUCGCCCACAAAAUCUAGGCCAUUCCUUCGAAUCUGACCAUCCUACUGUUCAACAGCCCAAUCGUACAGCCUCGUCAACAAAAAGUAAUAGUCCUCAUUCAAGUGUCCAUUCACAUUCAGAGGAUAUUCUGAUAUGUGGACGUUGUCGUCGUUUAUUCGAACAAGUUGAUGAACUUAUUUCACAUAAAAUGGCUGGUUGCAGUUUGGAUAAAGAUAGCGGAGCUAGCUGUCGUUGUCGAGCCGUUGGUGAACCAGAGAAUUUAGAAUGUGCAUAUUGUGGUGCCAACUUUUCAACUGCUUGGGGACUGAUGCAUCACUGUCAUAGUGAUCAUUUUUUGACUAUAUACGCCCUUCCAUCACCUCCUCCAUCUCCUUCUGCAUCAUCCAAUUCUCCGUCUUCUGAACUUUCUUCAAUAGUUUCUCGCCGAUCUAACAAUGAAGGGGAGAAUUUGUCUGAAAAAUCUAUGAGAUCAAAUUCUCAUUCAGAUAGAUCGAAUCAUACAGGUAAGCACGCUACAUCACUUGUGAGGCAAAACAUAAAACCUGAGCAUCCUACAUUCGAUAACCACCAUUCUUCCAGUUCACAUAGUAUUGAAGAAAAUCGUGAAAAUAGCGACUGGGAUGCAGAGGAGGAGGAUGACAAUAACGACCGCAGCGGAGGUGAUACUCCAACACUGGAAUCAGUGCAUAAUGGAAAAUUUAGCUCACCGGACAUCCCGAGAGAUCACUCAUGUGAUCAGUCAGAUACAAGAUCUACAUCUGGUGCUUCAGAUUCAGAAAUAUCAAAUGAAAUUCGUAGCAAGCGGCUACUGAAAUCACGAUCUCCACCCUGUCCUCGAAGAAGUCGUGGUAGUGAAUAUGGCCGUCAUGAGACUGUAGAUGACGAUGACUAUGCUGAUGACGAUUCAGAGCCUGGUAAUAUAAAAACUGAAUAAUUACUCAGACCAAUGCUACCACCACAACAGCAACAAUCAUAUUUCAAGUUUGGUUCUACAUUUAUUCAAUUUUCAUUCAUUCAUUUAAGAAGUAAUUAUAAUUGUUUACUCGUAUAUGUGCACUCAUGUUAUGCACCAUCAAUACUAGUGUUGAUGUAUGAAAACCAUCUUCAGUUGUGUGAAUUGUUUUAUUCAUCUAUUCAUUUGUCUGUCUACCGACCACUUGUCUUCAUCAUUUAUUAAUGAAUAACAAAUUUAUG